CUCUAACCAUAGCCUCAUUUGCCACCAGCACAGCAGUUGUUUUACCAUCCUGGUAAUAAAGAUAAUACUGUAUUUAACAAAUAAGAGAAUAUGUAAGUAUUUUCCUGUCGUUUUUACAGGAGUCUUACAUGAAAGGAAUUUACGCAGGAAAUGGAGGCAAAGCAGCUGAGAAGCAAUGUCGAGGCCCUUAUUGGUGAUUACAUUGGGCAAAAACUCAGAGAAAAGUCUUUCGAUCCAAUGGGGAAGGGGAGCUCCACUAUGCUGGAUGACCUGGCUCACUAUGACCUUGCCAUUUGUGUUGCCCUUUGGUGGUUGGACACAGAAGAAGGACGAGAUGUGCUCGACAGCGACAUCAUUGGAGGAACAAGCUGCUCAGGAAGUGCCCAGUACCCUAAUCGCUUAGAACGGGAGGCAAUGAUCCUGUCGUCUUUUGCCAGGAUACUUAUGAAUAGCCUCCCAGUGGAUGAAAUCUUGGCUCUGUACAGGUGUAAACCAGCUGCCUCAUACCCCAACCAGCAAUCCAAGGGUACAAUCGUCUAUCCCUUAACUCUAUCCUACCAUCCGUUCGCCAUGCUUGGCUCUUACAAGGCUGUGCAGCACUCCAGGAAACACAGUCUAAAGUUGAAAAGAUGGCUGUCUGAGAGGGUGAAGGCUAAUGCGCCACCUGCACGAGUCACAGUGCAGCCCUCGUCUUCGUCCUCCUCGUCUCACUCCUUCCUGAGCGACAGCGAUGAUUACCACGAGAAGAGAGCUGAGCACUAUAAGGCCUCACAAGAGUCUCUGUAGGACUGAAGUUUGGUUUUGUCCUCAUGAUGACUUGAUAUUUCUAUCUCCAGUAAAAUGUGUCUGAGUGCUGCAGUUUCCCACUUCUGCUGUCUUUCAGUGUUCACUGUGUAUUGUCACACUGACAGUCUUUUCAGCGUUUGGAUGCAGGUAAUAAACAAGCGUGAU